AUGUCGGAAGGGCAGCAGCAGCGGCCCCAGACUGGCGACACACAAGCAAGCACGUCCACACAACAAGGUCAGACUGAUUGGAGGGCCAUUGCGGACGCCGCUGCAAAAACGCCAAACGCGUUGUACGUCACUAGCGCAGGCACCACGCCUUCGCAGGAGGGUCAUCAGACUGCUUUGAGGUCAAUUGCGGACGCCGCUGCGAACAUACCAAACUCUCUGUAUGUCUCCAGAGGAGACUAUGCCUACAGGACAGACGCCAACAAGAAGACAAAAUUUAUUCACCUCUGCAAGAAAAUCCUUAAAGCCACCGGCCUCUUUUUCACCGUGGUCAACGUCAUAAUGGUACCAUUACUUGCAGUUCAAGUGAUCACUCUGUCUAAGGACUUUCACAAGCAUACUGCACAGGCUGAGCUGCAAAUUACCGAACUGAAACGGCUUCCUGGGCCUCCCGGACUUCCAGGAAAGACUGGACUCUCCGGGCCACCUGGACCUCCCGGAGAGAAGGGUCCUAUUGGACCAACCGGCAAUGUGUCUACCGGACCUCCUGGGCUACCUGGACUUCCAGGAAAGGAUGGACUAAGGGGGCCAAUUGGUCCUGGGGGGAAGGAUGGCCAGCCUGGGCCUGCCGGGUUACCAGGUCCUCUUGGAGGGAAGGGAUCGAGAGGACCGCCGGGUCCCAUAGGGAAGGCAGGGGUAGCUGGAUCUGCCGGGCCUCCUGGAGCUCCGGGGGAGAGUGGACCAGUAGGACCUGCUGGCCCUGUGGGGAUGGCGGGAAAAACUGGGCCUGUGGGGCCUUCUGGAGCUCCAGGAAGGAAGGGACCUGUAGGGCGCAUUGGUCCCAUGGGAAAGGCUGGGUCUGUUGGGCCUCCUGGGUUACCAGGAAAGAGGGGGGCCAAGGGGGCAGCUGGCCCCCCAGGGCAACCUGGAGAGAAGGGACUAAGAGGGCCAAUUGGCCCCAUGGGAAGAACAGGCAAGCCUGGGUCAGUAAAAGAAGGAAAGAGACACACAGGCCCGACUAAGCAAGCUGUGACACAAGGCAGCAAAGGGGCAAAGGGGAGCAAGAAACCUAUUUUCAUGAUACCACACAAUGCUCCGUCAUUUCACCUUGGCCCAGAUGGGAAGGUGAAAAGGGUUCUUCAAUAA